AUAAGAAUGGACAGGAAUUACUAUAAGAAUGACUUAAAGGCUAAAACUACUUACAAUUUCUACCCUGGAGAUAAGCAUAGUGUAAAUAUUACACAGAAGUACUAUAAUAAAGAUACGACAGAGAAGAAUGAGCCAGUGGAGAUUAUUCAGGAUACUUUGUACUGGCUACCUUCUGAUAAUCCUCCUAAAUCAGAUGGAGAUGACUAUUAUUUUACAACUGACACUUGUAAUGAGCUUCAAUAUGACCCGUUUAAUAAAGAUUUUGGGCCGUUGAAUCUGUCAAUGACACAUAGGUUCUGAUGAGAGCUAACCAAGAUUCUUUAUAAAAGGAAGGAUAAGGAAUGUAAGGUAUACCAUCUUUCUUCAACCAGAGGAGAUAAGAUGGCUAAUUCUGCCUGCUUGAUGGCUCUCUUUAUGAUUAUUAUUCUCCAAAGAACACCUGAUGAGGCUUGGGGUAUCUUCAAAGAAUAUAAAUCUCAAUUCACUCCGUUUAGAGACGCUAGCUCUGGAGAUUGAACCUACCAAAUGACAAUUCUAGAUUGUCUGAAAGGAGUCGAAAAGGCAAUGGAGCUUGAAUGGUAUGACUUUAAAAAUUUUGAUGUGCAGGAGUAUGAGUACUACGCCAAACUUGAUAACGGUGACCUUAAUUGGAUAAUUCCUGGCAAACUUUGUGCUUUAAUGGGCCCUUAUGAAUCAAAUUAUGAUCAAGAUGGGCUCAAAUGACACACUCCAGAAGACUAUAGCAAGGUAUUUGAAAGCUUGGGAGUUGAAAGAAUCAUCAGGCUCAAUGAAAAAUGAUAUGAUAAAAACAGAUUCGAGCAGUUUGGCUUCAAGCAUAAUGAUCUUUUUUUUGUUGAUGGCUCAACACCUUCAAUGGAAAUCGUUGAUGCAUUUAUUGAACUUGUCGAUAAUACCAAGGGAGCAGUUGCAGUCCAUUGAAAAGCUGGAUUAGGAAGAACAGGCACUCUAAUUGGAUGCUACGCUAUGAAGAGAUAUGGAAUCUCAGCAUCUUCAUUUAUUGGAUGGAUAAGAAUUGCAAGGCCAGGUUGUGUGCUUGGCCCCCAACAGCAUUUCUUAAUUUCCAUUGAAGAUGAGAUGAAAUACGGAAAUCGAAUUGGAAGUAGAUUUAGAAAACUUGAUCCCUAUGGGAAAUCUAGCGAUUCUCCUUAUCGCAAAGAGAUAGGAAUGUCCCCUUAUGAAAGAAUAACAGGUAUGUAUGGAGAAGAAAAUCAAGGAAAGCACCUUUUAACAGCCAAGAAAAUGAGGGGAUCAUCAAAAUAUAGGUAG